AUGUCACUGCCUUAUUCAGCCGCGCUUCUUCGACGUUGCCAGAAUAAACGCAGAAUUACUGUCACUGCUGUUGCCGCAACCGCCGUAUUUGGUCUUCCGACCGUCGCGUCCUUUGCAUUUGCCUCCCGGCACGUGGGACAGUACCAGCACCUUCCCAACCUCAUUCCUCGCGUGUCAUCCCCCAUGUCCUCCACGGCUAUUGGCUGCAAUGAUCGCCCUGCCUCUCUCUCGUCUGCUUUAGCACCUCCCCCUCUGCCAUCCCCUCUCUUCUUCGGCCCCUACGAAAUCACGCCCGAUCAGGUUUUUUUCCAAUCUCAUCACUCCAUGGCAAUCGUGAAUUUGAAGCCUCUGGUCCCAUGCCACGUCCUCAUCUUACCUUACCGGGUAGUAGAGCGGUUCUCGGACCUGAGGCCCGAGGAAGUGAGUGACUUGUACCGGGCAGUGCAUGAAAUAGGCCCUGUGCUGCAGACAUAUCAGAAGAAGCAAGGCUUGACCAUCUCCAUGCAAGACGGGAAGGCGGCCGGGCAAACGGUGCCGCACGUGCACGUGCACGUUCUCCCGCGUCUGGAGGGUGAUUUCACGCCCAACGAUAAAGUGUACGAGGAGCUGGAGGCAGUGCAUUUGAAGAAGCACUUCGACCUGGACGUGGAACGGCGGCCUCGGACGCAGGCAGAAAUGGCGGCGGAGGCCUUAGAACUCCGCAAACUCUUUCCACACCGACAAGGCCGUGCGGAGGGAAAGGAAGGGGUCUGA